AUGUCUAGAGACACCGUGCUGAUCUACGCCUCGGUGGCCGCGCUCGUCCUGCUCUCCGUCCUCACCUUCCUCUGCUCAAGCCGGCGGCGUCAGGGGCACGGCUCCUCAUCAUCGUCGUCGCACCCGGGCUACGACAUCGAGCUCGGCUGCCGGUGCGCCACCGCGGGGAUCGCCGAGGCCGAGCUGGCCGCGUAUCCGACGUCGGUGUACUCCUCGCCAACACGCGUAGAUGACGAUGUUCAGCCCGCCACCGCGCCUUUGCCCGGCGACACGACGUGCGCGGUGUGCCUGGCGAUGUACGCGGACGGAGACGAGCUCCGGCGGCUGCCGGGGUGCCGGCACGCGUUCCACCGGCGGUGCGUCGAUGAGUGGCUGCGCCGGCGGCCCAGCUGCCCGCUCUGCCGCACGUCGCCGCAGUCCACCACCGCGAAGAAUUCCUGA